AGAUGAUGUCCAUAGACCUCUGACCUCUUUCCGACUCGUCCCAAUCCCUGUACCCAGCACCGGAGUGCCUUCUCUGCACCUCUCUGAUAGCUGGCCCCCCAAAAUGCCAUUCAUCACGUCUGGACCGAGUCUUCGUCGACUCCCACUCUUCUUCGCUUAUUGUCCCGAUUACGCUGGCGUACUAGCAAAGCGGUUAGAGGUGAGACCCAAGCACUGGGCAAGGGUUCAAAAAGAAGCAGAGGAGGGUCUGCAUGAAUUCGGCCUGGGGUACCUUCCUCCUCCUGAAUCUUCUUCCACUCUCCCGGCUGAUGUUCCGAGCUCGACACCAUUGAUGGACGGCAGUCUGAUGGUGUUCCGUGCGAUAUCUUUGGACCAUGCUUGGAAGCGGAUCAAAGAGGAUAUAUACUAUACAGAUGGUGUUUGGGAUAAAGAGAAAUGCGUCGUGAGGGAGUUUAUCAAGCAUGAAAAGUAUUCGGAUUAGGAUGCUGUGCUGUCUUGGAAGAGGUGAAGUGAAGCCAUUCAAAGGUCUCCAUAGCAGUCAGUACCUUCAGCUUUCUAUGCUGGGACAUGGAUCUCAAAUACACAUAUAUAAGGAUGUAAAACGCUAGUCCUCAGCGUGACUAUGGAUG